GGAGGAGCAGCACCGAGAAGAGGCGCACUCGCAGAGCGGCUCACACCGCAGCUCCGUGCGGCUCCGAAGAGGCUCCGCGCCGCCACCGCUGAGAGGCUGCUCCGGCUGAAUGAAGGGCUCCGUCCAUGCGGAGGCUCGCGCUCUUUCUGCUGCCCUGUGCCGUCGCCGUCCUGGUGCACUUGUGGUUGGCACAGCGACCCUCCUCCGCUCCGCUGGACAACAACACACUCUCGGAUGAAGCCUUACCUUACUAUGAAGUUCUGGUGGGGGUGCUGUCAGCGAGACACCACUAUGAACUGCGACAAGCGAUAAGGGAGACGUGGCUGGGCUACAUCCGGCAUCACCCCCACUUCCAGCACAGAGUGGGGGUGAAAUUUAUCGUGGGCAAACAUGGGUGUCCCAUUCCGGAGGAGGACAGAGAGGAUGCGUACUCCUGCUCCAUCCUGAACUUCACCGAGCCAGUCACAGGAAAGGAUGCUGAGAUCGAGAUCGUGACCAUGGCGGACCCCUCGAUGCUCGCUCCGUCCGACGUUUCGGCCAUUGCCUUGGAUUUUAAGGUUCUGCACCCGGUGGUGAUCACCAGGCUGGGGCUGUUUCCCAGAGGGGCCGAGCCUGAGCUUCAGAGCAACAUAACGGUGAAGCUUCUCCAGCUGGACCAGGAGGAGGCUGUGGUUACUGCUCGCUUCAGUGCCAUCAGCACAGGGACCAUGCUGAACGGAGUUUGGUACAAACCGGUGGAGCAGUUCAUCUUGCCUAAGGGUUUUGAAGGGACGUUGGUUUGGGAGAGUCUGGACUCUUCUGGAUUGACGACCGUCAACUCCUCCGUGCAGCUCAAUGAUGGAGGAGGUGUCCUCAAGAUCUCCUCCAUUGCAGAAGGCAUAUUGCCUCAUAGAAGUGCUCUUGGGUUUCCUGGUUUGGCAGGGGGGUUCACAUUUACCAUCUACGAUGGAGACGGUCUGUCGGGGCUCCUGCGGGGUCGCCCAGCCAGGAUCGAGCAGCACGCCUCCAGGCUGAGGCAGGAGGACGCCACCUUGCAGCGGGAGAGCCUGAGGCACGGCGACAUGGUUUUCGUGGACGUAGUUGACACCUACAGGAACGUGCCUUCCAAACUGCUUCAGUUCUAUAAAUGGUCUGUAGGAAACGCUGACUUUAAUCUGCUGCUGAAGACGGAUGAUGAUUGUUACAUCGACAUCGACUCAGUGUUAAUGAAGAUUGACCACAAGGGUCUCAAGCGCAGCAAUUUCUGGUGGGGAAAUUUCAGGCAGAGCUGGGCAGUGGAUCGCAUUGGGAAGUGGCAGGAGCUGGAGUACGCCAGUCCGGCCUACCCGGCGUUCGCCUGCGGCUCAGGCUACGUGGUCUCUCGUGACCUAGUCCAGUGGCUCGCCAGUAACGCAGAGAAGCUCAAGGCCUACCAGGGAGAAGACGUGAGCAUGGGAAUAUGGAUGGCAGCCGUUGGACCACAGAAAUACCAGGACCCCAGCUGGCUGUGUGAGAAGGAGUGCUACCUGGACAUGCUGUCGUCCCCCCAACACACAGCUGAGGAGCUGCACAUCCUCUGGGACAGGAAGAGGGCCUGCGGAGACCCCUGCGGUUGUCCCUGGGGCCACUAAAUCUGGCUUACACCACACGCACCAUGUGGCACUGUGGGUAAAAAUGCACUCAACACUGGUUGUCGGUUCAUUUUCGGUGGUUUCCUUCAAACCCGACUGAAACGUUUCAGAGUUUUAUCAAUAUUGUCACAUGAUUGAAACUUGAUGUAUAUAUUUUUUCAAAUAUGUGAUUUUCUGUUGGAAAAAUAUCCUAAAAAUGUUCCAUUGCAGGUUCUUAGAGGGGAAAUCUGGUAUUUUUCAGCCUGGGCCCUAUGUUUCUAUAUGUAGUUGUGCAAAUGAAUGGUUCUUUGGAAUCAGUCCGGUGGAUCACGGCAGCAGUGGCCCUAGUUUAAUCCUAUAGGGCAACAAUUGCCCACUUUUGCUCAACUAGAAAGUCUCACUGCAGCAGUUCGUUGUCCCUCCUCUGCUUGUUUCCGCUGUCUCUUCUCGUUCGACCUUCAAUUUGUGGGAGGUAUUUGUUUGUAUACUUCGCUCAAACAAAUAAAGACAACCAUCGGAGUCGAAUGCUUCAGUAAAAGCAGAAAAAGAAUCAGCCAUUAUAGUUUCUCUCAGUAAAACCCAACUCCUCUCUCCAACUCCAGUUUCUGCUUUAUCUUCCUGCGACAAGCCAAGUCUCACGAGUCUUUAGAGUUAGACUUCUCGUCGAAUCAGACGUUUGUAAUGUUGCCAGACUCUUAGCAAAGACCAGGAAUAACAACUUUAGAAUUUGAAGUGUACAUUUCAUGGAUUGCUGGGGUAGCCCAAUAAGAUUACAUUGUAGCCACUGCCUUCAUGUCGUGGCUGCUGGCGUAGGCAGUCCACUAGACCAUCUCCUAACGUUUCUGUAAGUACAAUGGACACAGCUCAUAGUGAUCAAGUUUUAUCCCGAUUUAGUUGGGACAAACAGCACAAAUGAAAGAAACACAGAGAGGAGCAGUAAAUCACUGACAGAGCAGAUCAAAACUGUAACUUGAUUACUUGAUCCUUAUCACCAAAUUAUUUAAACAGCACCACUGUACCAUUCAUUCACACACCCAAAUUUAAUAACAUAGGGCCCAGGUUGAAAAAUACCUUUUUUAAUAUUAACAACAUACCAACAUCACAAACCAUUGGCAGCUUCAGAAUGCAUUAAAACACAUCAAGCUGUAGCAUACUGCCAGUAUUUGUAUCAUGAAAUCAAUCAUUCAUUUUAAAAACGUCCUCAGUGGAACAGACAAAAGACUGUGAUGGUGUGAAGAAGUCAUGUGUUAUGUGACAGGGACCAUGUGCAAUACCAGGUCAUCCUAUACGGAAUCACUGCUGUGAGACCUGAGUACUUUGUAGUAUCAUUAUUACUGGUGCUCUAAUAUUUGACGGACUCAAACGUCUGGGUCUAAAAAGGCAUAUUUGAUGGUAUUUUAAAGACGACUCCUUUACAUUGCUGUAUUUUGUAAAUUAUUGUCUUAGGCUUUUCAUCCCCUUCACUAUUUCUAGAUUUAUGAUGAGCUUUCUCACAAGCCCACAGUUUGUACUGUAACUGUCAUUGUGCAAAUCGUGAUGUGGCCUUACUGUGUUUGUUAGGCAUCAUACAUUUGCAACACAAAUUUUCUGAAACUUGACAAAGAGACUCGCUAGUUUCACCCUGGUUCUAUAAAUCCUUCCUCACAGGUAAUAAAAAAACUCUCAUGAGA